AAUUUUGUUUAAAAUUUAGUUGACGUGUAUGAUCACGUGACAUGUCUCUCUCUUCAUAAGCGAGGAAGGAGCACGCUGUGUGGAAGCACAAGUUAGACUUUUAUCACUCUGUUCAUCAUGCCGGGUUAUGGAGGAGGCGGUGGAGGACGUCGCAGAAGUGGUGGUGAUGAGGGUGAUCAUACAGAUCCCAAUUCAGAGCAGUUUAGAAAGCUGUUCAUCGGAGGACUCAGCUACGAGACAGACGAAAAGAGUCUCCGAGAACAUUUUGAAAGUUGGGGGGAGAUUGUUGACUGUGUUGUGAUGCGAGACCCAAACACAAAACGAUCUCGGGGGUUUGGAUUCAUUACAUACAAGCAUGCAGAAGGCAUAGAUCAAGCACAAGGGAAUAGACCUCACACAAUUGACGGCCGACAGGUGGAGACUAAGCGCGCCAUGCCACGAGAGGAAACUGGUUCCCAGCAAUCCGUAAAGAAAAUGUUUGUUGGUGGCAUCAAGGAAGACACGACAGAGGAUCAAGUACGGGAAACGUUCGGCAGCUUUGGACCGAUAGAAGAAGUGGACAUGAUAGUUGAUAAGGCAACAGGCAAAACGAGAGGCUUUUGCUUUGUGACUUUCGAUGAUUACGAUGCUGUUGAUAAAUGUGUUUUGAAGAAACGCCACAAACUGAAUGGGCGGAGCGUUGAAGUGAAAAAGGCAAUAUCUAAAACAGAAAUGAAUGCUGGUGGUGGAGGUGGGGGAUCACGAAGAGGAAGCAGAGGCGGUGGGCCAGUGAGAGGUCCAGGAGGGCGUGGAGACUUUGGUGGUUUUGGAGGAGGUGGCAGCAGCAGUGAUUAUGGAGGAGGUUAUAGUCAAGGAGGUUACGGAGGAGGUGGUUACGGAGGAUCCGACUAUGGUGGCGGUUAUGGAGGUGGUGGCAGUGGCUACAGUGACUAUGGUGGUGGCUAUGGAGGUGGUGGAAACUGGGGAGGCAGUGGUGGUGGUGGAGGAGGAGGAGGAAGUGGCUUUGGGUCUAACUAUGGCAGUAGCUACAGUGGGGGGCCCGUGAGAGGAGGCAACUAUAUGUCACGUGGUCCAGGACCUUACGGUGGUGGCUAUGGCAGUGGUGGUGGUGGAGGAGGAGGAGGUGGUUUUGGGGGUGGAGCAGGAGGGUAUGGUCGUCGCUGAAUAUCUUGCUGCCAUCAGCAUCUGUAACAGGCAAGCUGAGCUAGAGUAGCUGCUACAGUGGACACAGGCAGGCAGGCAGCUAGAGAAGGCAGGGAAGCAGGCUCAGCUAGAUGGACAGAACAGGCAGGCAGGCAGGAUCAAAACACUUCGGGCAGGAAAUUCUAAUACAACACUAGGCUGGCCAAAUGAACCGUCGCCAGUGGCAGGCAGGCAGGCUUCUUCAGGCAGGAAAUAAGAUCUCUAGGCUUAUCCGAUAAACUCUUGUGCAGGAAGGGAGCGAAUAUGAUUUCAUCAAAGUCUUUAUUCAUAUUAGUACUUGUCGAGAGCCUGUUAAGCCCAUGCAGAUGUCCCACCUCGUAAUUCGGCUUUCUGAGAUGGAUGCUGAUGCAUUUUAGAUGUCGUGUCAUUGUUUUUGCGCGUGAUCCCUGUGUACUGGUAUCUUAAUGCUCUUAGGUAUUAAAUGUUGACCUAAUCAAAAGC